UUUUUAGCCUGUCCCAUCAGCGGGCACCCCGGCGUAAGCAUUGAUAUCUGUCAUUCUCGGUGACUAAGCGGCGAGCGCAUUGACGACACCCCUGCAACUCAUCUUUCCGUCUCGCACAAGUCUCAAUAAUGGCAGCGGACGCAUCUCUCUCGCCAGCAGCGAAAUCCCUGGUGUCCGCGACCGCGGGCUUCGAUGCGCUGUUCAAGAACGACAACGUUGGCGCGCGUGCGGCAUUCAGUGCCCCCUCCGACCCUUCGCCGUUCCACCUCCUCGGGCUCGGCGCCGUAGCGUUUCUCGAGGCUGCGCUGGGGAUGGAGCCGGGCCUCAUGGCUGAGGCGACGAAGAUUCUGCAGAGUGCAGAGCAGGGCGCCAAGCGGGCUGAGGCGGAGGCUAGGAAGGCGGGGUCCGCUACGGGGUCUGCACGUACGAAGGGUGGAGUCGACGGCCACGGCGACGGUGGGGGGCGCUUCGUGCCUGGUGUAGAAUGGGAGAUUCUGCACGCUGAUACGGUGGUGCUGUUAGGUCUGACGCAGGCUUUGUCUGAAUCCUAUAUGGGCUAUCUCCAGUGCUUAUACUCGCUCAAUGCUGCGCACGGCAAGUUCACGAAGCUUUACAAGGCGGUCUUCCCAUCAGGACUAGACGGAUACCGCACCCCCGCACCCUCACACGCCCCUUCCCGAUCAUCGUCCAUCCCCCCCACACCCAGUCAGAGCAAAUUCCUCUCAACCACCGAUCCAGACUCCGACCCCCAGCACACGAUCUCGAAAGCCACCUCGCUCUUAUCGCUCGCGUCAGGCAGCAGUGGAUCCUACCCGUCACCGAACGGCAGCACCGCGACGCUUUCCGUUCCGCCAUCGGGGGCAACCUCGCCGCUGUCCUCGUCUUCGACGACAUCGCUCUCGGCAGCCCCCGCACCGAAGAAGGGCGGGGGCGGUCUGUUUGGGAGGUGGGGCAGCGCCAGUCUGCUGAGUGUCGCGUCGUCGGCGCCGCGUUCGCCGGAGGCUGAGCGUGAGAAGAAGGCACGGGAAGAGGAGGAGCGGUGGCAGAGAGAACGGCCGGCGGAGGGUCCCGUCGAGGAGAUGGUCGUUGCUGGUUCCGCGUUCGGGUACGGGUUGUUCAAUCUGGUGUUCUCGUUACUCCCGAAGCGUGUCCAGUCGGUCGUGGGCAUCUUCGGCUUCAAAUACGACCGCGCACUGGCAUUGCAAGCGCUAGCUAUCAGCGCCGGCGUCCAUACGCUAAUAGAAGGUGAUGGUGGUACGGCCUCAGCAGGGACAGACGUACACGGCGUCUUUGCUGGUCUGACUCUGAUGACAUUCCACGGUGUGGUGCUCCUGCUUUCAGGGUAUCAAGCCGACGAAGCCAAGACUGUUCGUACAUACAAAACGAUCGUCGAUUCUAUUCAAGCAAGGUACCCCACUGGUGCGCUAUGGGUUCUCAAUAGGGCCAAGAUACUCCGCAUGACAGGCGAACCGGACGAAGCCAUAAGCGUUUUACAAGCUGCCUUGAGUGCAGAAGACAACGGAGACGUGAAACGAUUCGUGCAGGCGGAUACGUUGCUCGUAUUUGAGCUGGCAUGGACGCUUCUUUCUCAGCGACAGUUUGAAGAAGCGGCCGAAGCAUUCAUCCGAAUGACAGCUUUGAACUCGUGGUCGCAUGCAACAUACUUCUUCAUUGCGGCAGGCUGCUUCUUGGCUGUCGGUGAGAAAGCCAAGGCUCAGGAGCUCAUCGACAAGAUUCCAGAUCUGGUAACAAAGAAGAAAGUCGGCGGGAAGGAUCUACCGACGGAAGUCUUCAUUAAGAAAAAGAUGGAGUUCUGGAAAGAGAAAGCCAAGCGACAUAACAUCGAUGCGACGAAAUUGGUCGAUGUCAUUGGGAUCAAUCCAGCUUGGGAAAUGGGACUGUUCUGGAACUUGCACCAAAGGACCACGAAUGAAGUAGCCACAGCUUGCAUCAAGGACCUAGCAUCAAUAGCGCCUUCAAUAUCGGUGGUUUCACCGGUCCUCGAUGGAACUCCGCCGCAGAAAACAUUGGCUGAGCUCGACACACCCGACGAGCAAGCACUGCGUUCUCUCCUCCUCGGGGUCAUGCACCGGACACUCGGGCUUUUCGGCCCGGCUCGUGAACUGUUGGAAAGUGCACGUGCCACUGGUUCUCACGCGAAAGUGAACACGUGGGUCCCAGGGGUGGCACUGUUCGAGGAGGCAGUGUUGGUGUUGAAAGUUGAGGACAGUGUCCGUGCGCUGGACGAAGCGGACAAGUUGCUUGAUCAGGCCCAGAGCCAUGCUGCCAAGAGCGAGAUCGAUCUGAGCUCCCGGUUGGACAGUCGCAUUGCUUUGCUGAGAGAUGAGAUUGGGAAAAAGAGGGCCGCUAGCUGAGACGAUGCAGUAUCAUAUACUUCCGCGCACUGCGUCAUAGAGGAUUGAUUGUUAGACAUCUGGCUUGAUGGGUACCACGGACUAGAAAAUCGGCCCUCAUCGAAGUCCUAUCCGAGGUAAAAUUGAAAUCUUCUCUGCCAGUAACAGUGCAUACAUGUGUGUUCUGAUUCAAUUCUCGUCGCGGAUUCUGCAACUCAUUUCGAAAUAUUAUGGAAACCGGAAAAUUCCGGAUGCGGUAAUCAGCUAAUGCUGAAACGACCUCGGAGAGUACUCAUACCUGGUUCCUGGUGGCAGGCGUGUACCGCAGGGUCAUUUGCGGUAUAUUUCACUGCCCUACUGAUUGUGAAACAAUUGGUCACGCUCGCGAUUGCCUUUGACGUUGCACCGCCACAACAUGUCGCACUCAUUUUUCUGUCCCUCGACUGCCCGUCAUCUUCUUACUCGAUGGGGAUCAUGAAAGACUUGCAUUCUCCCCGCCGGUAAAUGUCUGUUGUCUGACAUCCGAGCUCCGACGAAGCACCUCCAACGACAUUCACUCCCUUGACACCGUGUGAGAGGGCUGGAGGCUUACUUCGCCCGCGCACAAUUUCCGCAUUCCUCUGAUUCCGGCUUGGCUGGACCGGAAAAGGCAUAGCAGGAAUCGAAAUCGGAUGUCCUGGGAGCGAUUAGGAUUGCACACGCCCUGUCUUCCUCUUCCUUUUCCUCUCAGUCUUCCUCUCGCUCACCAUGGACGUCGUCCUGGCACUCGCCUGCACAGCCGCCCUGACGGCGCUCAUCUGGUGCCAGCGCCGACUGCGCGCCCGACGACUCGGCGCUCCGCACCCGCUGCACGCCGUGCCGGGGCCUGCGGCCGACACGUUUCUCGCGGGCAACCUCGCGCGUCUGCACGGGCCUGAUGGGUGGGACUUCCACGCGCAGCUGGAGAGGGACUUCCGCCCCGGGGUGGUGAAGAUACAUGGGCUCGCCGGGAGCCUGCAGCUGUACGUGUACGACCCGGUCGCCCUGCACUCGAUCCUCGUCAAGGACGCCGAGUCGUACGAGGAGGGCCUGGUGUUCCUCAGCCUUACUCGUGUCCUGUUCGGGACGGGCAUCUUGUCGACUACGGGCGCAACCCAUCGGCGUCACAGGAAGAUUAUGAUGCCGGCGUUCUCGCCGAAGCAUCUGCGUGGGAUGGUGCCGGCGUUGUACGAGGUGGCGUGCAGGCUUCGCGAUGGACUGGUGAUCCCUCAGAUCAAGGACGGCGUGUCGUCCGAGAUCGACCUCUACCCCUGCCUCAGCCGCGUAUCGCUCGAAUUUAUCGGCCGCGCGGGUGCAGACCACUCAUUCGACCCCCUGUCGUCCAUCGAGGAUCCAACCGACAACUACACCCGCUCGCUCAAGGCCAUCACGUCAGUCUGCUUCCCAUGUCUCCCUCUGCCCUGCAUCCGAUACCCCGAACCGCAGCCCAUGCGUCCACAAACUCGCUGUCCUGCUGCCCUUCGUCCCGCUGCUCGCGAAUCGGGUGUCGCCUUGGCUCCGGCGGGCGCUGAUCCGUGUCGUGCCGAGACAAACGAGUCUGGGAACGCUGUGUGAUGCGGUCAGGGUGACCGAUCGGCGAGCGACGGAACUUGUUCACCGAGCGCGGGAAGGCGCGAGCCAGGAGCACAGGCAUGACGUUCUCAGUCUCCUCAUGCAAGACACGGAAGACGAUGAAUCGCCGCUGAUGACAGAGGAACUGGUUGCCCAGAUAUCGAUGAUCGUGCAAGCGGGGACAGAUACGACAUCUUCGGCGUUGAACCGCGUCAUCCUCGUUCUUGCGCUGAACCCCGAGAUUCAAGAGCGACUUCGAGCCGAGCUGCUGCGCCACGACGAGCGCAUGGACCACGACGUCCUCGUACAACUGCCGUAUCUCGACGCGGUCGUGCGUGAGACGCUGAGGCUGUGAGUUGCCUCGAUUCCGCAGCUUGAAGAAGCAAGACAUGUGCACCGCAGCUAAAACACGGCGCUCAGAUACCCGCCCAUCACUGCUAUGUCGCGCACCACCACGCGUGAAUGCAUUCUCCCGCUAUCCGAACCCCUUACCGACACGCGCGGACAGAAGAUGAACCAGAUUCGGGUCCCGCAGGGCACGGAUGUCUACAUCGCCAUCGCCGGCGCCAACCAUAACCCGGCUGUCUGGGGCCACGACGCUCUGGAGUUCAAUCCCGAGCGCUGGCUCGUGCCCGGAUCUGAACCAUCAUCCAAGUGGCCGUCGUCCGGGGUCUUCGGGGACAUGAUGACGUUUCUGGGAGGGAACAGGAGCUGUAUCGGAUUCCGAUUCGCCCAAUUGGAGAUCAAGAUUGUCCUGGCUGUGCUCCUUCGCUCGUUCAAGCUGUCUGUGUCACAUCCACAGCGGAUCUCCUGGAAGAUGGGCUCUCCAGCCGAGCCUAUGGUGGAUGGGAAAGCGGCGCUGCCGAUUGUCGUGGAGAGGUUAUAUUAGAUGCGCGUAGAAAUCGGACUUAUACCUAGGCACAUCCGCUUUAUCUAUUUUACUCAAGCCGCGAGUGUUCAUGAAACUCCCGGUGUCCUUAUCGAUCAGUUGUGGAUCCUCA